AUGUAUUCGAUUCGCACGCUGCUUGUGGCAUCGGCCGCUCUUCUGCCUGCUGUCAAUGCCGACGUCCAGCUGCUUCAAUUCAAUGCCACCUCCGGCAUCCCGUCGACAUGCUUGUCUGUUCUGACUCAGACUGUUGCCUGUACAGACCAGCUUAUCCACGUAGCUGAGGUGGGCAUGCCGGGCAUCAAGGCGUAUUUUGAGGCUGGAGACCUUCAAAGUCUCUGUGUUGCCACUUGCACGACCGCCCUCACAACAUGGCAAAGACGAGUUGUCGGUGCCUGUGCGAACGUUCGGAUUCCGACGGAGAGAGGCACUCAGCGCCUUGUUGCCGCUCUGGCUGAAGAGUUUGUUGAGGCGUACAGUUCCGCCUGCUUGAAAGACAAGAGCGGAGCCUUCUGCAAUGUGGUGCUCGGCAAAGCUGCUGGCAUUAACCCUAUUGCUCAAAACCCAACUGCGACACCAGAUCCCUCAGUCGGCUGCCACACCUGCCUCCUCUCGAUUCUACAGACGCAAUUGGGCAUGCCCCUGGUUGCCACAGAACCAGUGAUACGCAGCGCAUUCUCAAUCAUCACCUCGGCUUGCAAAGCUAGUGGCUGGACUACUGCGACUCCUGCGUCGACAGCAUGGGAGAUACCUGCCUCUACGACGACCUCUCCUCCCACAUGUCAAGGCACAACUGUCCCUGUAUCCGGUCAGACAUGCCAGCAGGUAGCCAUGGCACGCGGAAUCAGCACUUCGAGACUCCUCACCGCAAACAACCUGGCGGCCGGGUGCUACCAGUUUCCGACGUCUGGUAAUUUGUGUAUCCCCAGUAGUGCAGUCUGCAAACCGUAUAUUGUGAAAGAGGGCGAUACUUGUGUAAGCGUGGCGAAGGGCCUCGGCAAGUCGGCUACUCAAGUCAUCUCGUGGAACCCGGAGCUCGGCGUUGACUGCAACAAUCUCAAAAGCCUUGUUGGUUCGGUGAUCUGCACCUCGAACCCAGGUGGAACUUGGGUGAACCCGAACCCGCAUCAGCCGUCGCAAAGCACAACAGCCCGGCCUACGGACAACAUCGGCAUGACCCCCAUCACGAACCUACCCAUGCCUACCAACGUGGGCUGGAAUCAGACGAUCAAGUACGCUGAUUACGCGCCUGGGAGUCGUAAGGAUUGCGAGUUUUAUGUGCAGGGGCCAGUUCUCAUCGACUGGAGAAAUGACAAGUACACUUCGUCCUGCGAGGACGUGGCCAAAGCCUACGGUGUGUCCACUGACAACUUCAAGACGUGGAAUCCUUCCCUCAAGACAAAUUGCACUCUCAGCAGCCAAUAUCAGUACUGCGCAGUCCUCGGCUACGAGGUGGCAGACGACCCCACAGAGUACUGUUCGAAAUAUGUCCUCGCUGAGGCCGGGUAUAGCUGUUACGACAUGGCUGCGCUCAACGGUGUCGAGUUUGAGCAAUUUGCACUCUGGAACCCGAGCCUGGGGGACAAGUGUGCCGACUUCAAACCUGGUCUCGCAUAUUGCGUCAAGGUGUGGCAUUACAGGCAGCCAGGGAUCGUAUCGAAUUGCAACCAGCUUGUCGCUGCCAAUAACACAGAGUGGACAAGCAACCCGUGUCAAAUCAUCGAGACCAAGUUCGGCAUUAGCCACGCGCGGUUUGUGGCAUGGAAUCCUGCCGUCCAAUCCGACUGCCGAGGACUCUAUCUUGGGUAUGAUUAUUGUGUGUCGAUCCCGGGCUACAAGCCAACCUACACGACGCCCUCUAUCGCUGCGGCUACAGGCGCCUCAGCUUGA